AUGGAGUAUAAAAACUUAUUUUUCUAUCUUGCAGGAUUAUCUUUAGCAUUAUCAUACGAUGACUUGUCCUUCAACACACACGCCACACAAUCACAUACAUAUUCAGACUGGAACUUGUUCUAUGCUAGUUCUGCAGUUGAUAGAAAUACAUCAACGUGUAUGAGGCCACGAGAAAUAGGGCGCAAUUCUCAAGAGAAGACGGUAUGGUGGAAAGUGGAUCUUGGUGGAGUGUACAACAUUUACAGCAUCAACAUCUUGUUUAAGAACUACGACGGUUUCGAAGACAGACAGAGAGGACGUGUUGCUGGAUUUUCCCUUUAUGUAUCCACCACUGGUAAUAUACAUGGUUCUUUUCUGUGUUACAAAGACGGGCCUCAGUUACCGCCCCUGAAUUUUACAACCACGUGUACAGAACAUGGACGUUACGUGAUAUUUUACAACGAGCGAUUUGAUGGAGUGAGCUAUCCAGAGGGAUACGCAAUCAUAAAUGUUUUUAAUGAGCUUUGUGAGGUCGUCAUCCAAGGAUGUAAAAAACUAAACGUAUAUGGCAGUAACUGUGACAUAUCAUGUCCCAUCAACUGUAAAGACAACACAUGUAACAUUCUGAAUGGAAACUGUUUUGGGUGUAAAUCUGGAUGGAGAGGACUGUCUUGUAACUCAAAAUGUAGCCAGGGAUUGUACGGUGACAACUGUAGUCAACUCUGUGUAGGACACUGUAGAGACGGUAUUACCUGUGAUCACGUAAACGGACAGUGUGAAGGAGGGUGUGAUACUGGGUGGACAGGAUCUAUGUGCAAAAGGCAAUGUGAUGACGAUAACUAUGGUUACAAUUGUGUCAACAACUGUAGUGGUCACUGUCUGAAUGGUUCUUUGUGUAACAAACAGACCGGUCACUGUGACAAGGGGUGUGACCCGGGAUAUACCAACAGAAAAUGUAACAGAGAAUGUGUCAAGUCGUAUGGAAAGAACUGCCAAUACCCGUGUAGUCAACAUUGUAUAAACCAAACAUGCGACAGAUUUACUGGAAAAUGUUUAUCCUGGUGUCAAGAGGGUUUUUAUGGAGAAAUGUGUAAUCAAGAAAGUCAACAAAGAGAAGAUGUUACACCUUGGAUAGUUGCAUUUGCCAUAGUACUCUUCAUUGUAGUGCUUAUUAUCACAGGCGGCCUUGUGUGCUUUUGGAUACUUUAUAAAAAACUAUUUGACGGUAAUAUACGCUUAUGCUGGAAGUUUUUGUAUAAACCAAACAAAAUAAUUACAACACCAACCAGCGACAACAAAGAAGCAAACCCUAAUUCCAACUCCAACUACCAAGAACUAAACCCACAUACAUGUACAAACUAUGCAGAACUAAAGCCGAGUAAUAUCUACCAAGAACUUAAGCUACCCUAUGUUGACGAAAAUCAGUAUCAAAACACAACACUAUGA